CGCGACCAGCGCACGCGAUGCCCAACUAGACAACUACUGGAACCGCUUCCCUUUAUUCUUGAGUUAAUUCAGAGGAAGCUUAAUAUCCCCUGCGAUGGCCGCGGUCGCAGAUACCAAGAUGGACGACACCAAGAGCGAAGCGAAUGGCAACGACGUCCACACUCCGAACCUGAACGUUCAAGAGCUACCAGAGCUGCGCGCUGGUGAGGCCGAAGGCAUCGCUGACUUUUACGACGGCGCUGUGCUAUUGGUCACUGGGGGUACGGGCUUUCUUGGCAAGGCGUUGCUGGAGAAACUGCUGCGCUCCUGCCCUGGAAUAAACACCAUCUAUUUGUUACUGCGACCCAAGAGAGGACUCACGGUCGAGCAGCGAUACAAGGAACUGCUGAAGAAUCAGGCCUUCGACCGCAUCCGCACCCGCUGGCCGGAGCGGCUGAGCAAGCUCUCUCCGAUCACUGGCGAUGUCUCCGCUCCUGGACUCGGUGUUGGUCUUGAGCAGAAGGCACUGCUGACCGAAGUCACAGUGUUGUUCCAUUCUGCAGCCACUGUCAGGUCAGUUAACUAUCAUCAGUACCUAGUGCGGCUCAGCAAACUGUCUCCGAUCACUGGCGAUGUCUCCGCACCAGGUCUCGGGGUUGGUCUUGAGCAGAAGGCACUGUCGACUGAAGUCACAGUGUUGUUCCAUUCUGCAGCCACUGUCAGGUUCACGGAGCCUCUGCAUGCAGCGACGGCGUUGAACGUACAGGGCACUGCAUCGCUGCUCACGCUAGCUCAAGACAUGCCAAAGCUCAAGGCGCUGGUGCACGUAUCAACAGCCUACAGCAACGCGCCGCAGCCGAACAUCGAUGAGCGCGUGUACCCCCCGCCUUACGACCCUGACUCCAUAGUGAGAUGUGCCAAAAUGCUGCCUCAACACACCGUGAACGUUCUGGCACAGACACUACAGGGUGAACAUCCCAACACGUAUACACUGACGAAGGCGCUGGCCGAGUCCAUUGUGUACGGUCAUCAGGAGUUACCCGUUUGCAUCGUGCGACCCUCCAUCGUGACGGCCGCGUUGCAGGAGCCUUUCCCAGGCUGGAUAGACAAUAUCUACGGAGUCACCGGGAUCGUAAUGGAAAUCUCACGCGGCACCUACCGCUCCGGGUUCUGCCGGGAGCGAUACGUGGUCGAUCUUGUGCCUGUCGAUCUGGUGGUCAACGCCUGCAUACUGGCAGCCUGGAGACAGGGCACGAACAAGGCGGGACGCUGUCCAGUAUACAACGUGACUUCAGGCUCAAUCAGCCCGCUACAAUGGGGCGCCUUCACACGGCUAUGUGUCAAAUGGGCGAGAGAGAACCCCACCAAAUAUGUGAUGUGGUACCCCAAUUUCUCAUUCACGGAGUCCCGGUUCCUGAACACCUUCUGGGAGGUGACCUGUCACCUGCUGCCUGCGUUCCUCUACGAUGUGCUGCUGCGCGCGCAGGGGCGGAAGGCUAUAAUGAUGAAGCUAGCCCGCCGUUUCCAAAUGGCCGCUGCCACGGGCGAAUACUUCGCGAACCACGAAUGGCAGUUCGCCAUCGAACAACUAACCGCUUUACAUCGCGACGCUAGCGCCGCGGCGGACGGAGACAACUUUCCUCAUUGGCCUGAGAUAGACUGGGACCAAUAUAUAGCGACCUAUAUGAUGGGGAUUAGGAAAUUUAUAUUGAAGGAUAGUGCUGACUCGCUUCAACACGCCAGGACCAAGCUAAACAGGCUUUACUGGGUUUACAAGAUACUACAAGCAGCUACCGGGUAUUACUUCUUCAGGGCACUGGCAGGGCGAUUGCGGUAGAACUCAUAACUAUACAGUAUGUGUCUAACCAUGGGGCUUUAAUUCCAGGGCUUGAUUUUACUCGCUAAACUGAGUUACUUUUACUAUGGGACGAACCCUAAAAUCGGGAAAAAUUAUUUGGCUUUUCCAUAGAAAACGUCGACAUCUGAUCAGCCAACAUGUAUGAAAAAGUAAAAAAAAAAUCGGGAUUUCGGGGUUGGUGCCAUAAUAAAAGUAGCUUAGUUUAGCGAGCAGAAUCGAGCCCUGGAUUUAAAGCCCCAUGGUCAGUAACACCCUGUAUGUAAUGUAUCUAAAUAACCCAAUGCUCAACACAAAAAAUAUAGGUGGAUCAACUAUUUCUUACUGCUAUUAUGUCCUGUCAGACAGGCAAAAUGACAAAAAAUCAUUACGAUUAAUUAUCAUAUUGGUUAUUAGGGGUCAUCCAUUAAUUACAUCACACGUUUAGGGGGGGGGGGUCAAGAAAAUGUGACAUGUUGUGACAAGGGGGAGAGGGGAGUCACAAACUUUGUGACGUCACUUUAACUUCAUCAGUAACCAAAAUUCUAUUUUAAUAAUUUUAUUUACUGUACAGUUCAAAAACAAGUUUUUAGAACGAUAAUCGUUUUUAUUACUUUAAUUUUUUUUUCAUAAUCAGUUUUGGGUUAUAAAUUUAUUAAUAUUUUGACAAAAAAAUAAUAAUACUUAAUUAGAUUUGCCGAUUUCGUUGACACAAUGUGACGUCACACCAGGGGGGAGGGGUUUGCCAAAUGUGACCAAGUGUGACAAGGGGGGGAGGGGUAAAAAAACCUUGAAAUUCGUGUGACGUAAUUAAUGGAUGACCCCUUAUGGUUAAUUAUCAUUUUGUCUAAAUCAUUUUGAUGUUGUCUAAAUCAAUGAUCGUGUUACAUAACACGAUCAUUCUGUUUCAGUUAUAAAUGGUUUAAAAUAAAUCAAAAACGACUACCUAACAAUAUUCUCUAUAGAUCGAAUGAAUGAAUAGGAUCCCAUGUAUUUUCUCUUAAUUAUUAAUUAUACUUGAAAAGUCUGUAUUAUCCGUCCUUAAUUAAGUAUUAUUUAAAAUUUAAAGCAAUCUAUUUUAGAAAAUAAUUAUAUUAUAGAAUAAUAAAAUAUGCAUGACAUUAAGUAUAUUUAAAAAAAAACAGUGCCUUAUGACAUAUCCCACUUAACUUAAAGGCAAAAAACUACGGAGUAUUAUAUAGUUAUUUGUACAACAAGAGAUCAAAGUUUGAUAUUUCUUCGACUGCUUAUUUUGAGUCCCGUGCAAGCGAAAGAUUCUAUAAUAGAUUCACGAGCGUAGCGAGUGAAUCUAAUUUAGAAUCUUGAGCGUAGUAAGGGAUUCAAAAGCACACGAGAUGUAACUAACUUUGAUCUCGUAAAUUUUUCACCCUAUGCAGUGAGAACAUACCUAGAGGGACAGAGUUAACAGAACCCAAGUAUAUCGAACUUGUAUUAGACCCCGCAUGUUGAAAUGACAUGUGACUAUAAAGGUCACUUGAAUGUCAUUUUGUCUCACUCAGUGACACACACUCAGUGAGCAGAAUGCGAUUUUGCUCACUGAGUGAGACAAAAUGACUCAGUGAGCAAAAUCGCAUUUUGCACACUGUUUUUAAGAAGCAAAGUACCCUUGUUCGAGCUGCUGAGGUGAAAAAUACUUUAAGGGUAUUAUAAAAUUAGCAAGCUGAAGUGGCAAUGGGCAGGCCACAUUGCUCGCAGAGAAGAUGGCCGAUGGGGUCGAAAAGUGCUCAAGUGGAGUUAAUCGUUUUUAUUACUUUAAUUUUUUUUUCAUAAUCAGUUUUGGGUUAUAAAUUUAUUAAUAUUUUGACAAAAAAAUAAUAAUACUUAAUUAGAUUUGCCGAUUUCGUUGACACAAUGUGACGUCACACCAGGGGGGAGGGGUUUGCCAAAUGUGACCAAGUGUGACAAGGGGGGGAGGGGUAAAAAAACCUUGAAAUUCGUGUGACGUAAUUAAUGGAUGACCCCUUAUGGUUAAUUAUCAUUUUGUCUAAAUCAUUUUGAUGUUGUCUAAAUCAAUGAUCGUGUUACAUAACACGAUCAUUCUGUUUCAGUUAUAAAUGGUUUAAAAUAAAUCAAAAACGACUACCUAACAAUAUUCUCUAUAGAUCGAAUGAAUGAAUAGGAUCCCAUGUAUUUUCUCUUAAUUAUUAAUUAUACUUGAAAAGUCUGUAUUAUCCGUCCUUAAUUAAGUAUUAUUUAAAAUUUAAAGCAAUCUAUUUUAGAAAAUAAUUAUAUUAUAGAAUAAUAAAAUAUGCAUGACAUUAAGUAUAUUUAAAAAAAAACAGUGCCUUAUGACAUAUCCCACUUAACUUAAAGGCAAAAAACUACGGAGUAUUAUAUAGUUAUUUGUACAACAAGAGAUCAAAGUUUGAUAUUUCUUCGACUGCUUAUUUUGAGUCCCGUGCAAGCGAAAGAUUCUAUAAUAGAUUCACGAGCGUAGCGAGUGAAUCUAAUUUAGAAUCUUGAGCGUAGUAAGGGAUUCAAAAGCACACGAGAUGUAACUAACUUUGAUCUCGUAAAUUUUUCACCCUAUGCAGUGAGAACAUACCUAGAGGGACAGAGUUAACAGAACCCAAGUAUAUCGAACUUGUAUUAGACCCCGCAUGUUGAAAUGACAUGUGACUAUAAAGGUCACUUGAAUGUCAUUUUGUCUCACUCAGUGACACACACUCAGUGAGCAGAAUGCGAUUUUGCUCACUGAGUGAGACAAAAUGACUCAGUGAGCAAAAUCGCAUUUUGCACACUGUUUUUAAGAAGCAAAGUACCCUUGUUCGAGCUGCUGAGGUGAAAAAUACUUUAAGGGUAUUAUAAAAUUAGCAAGCUGAAGUGGCAAUGGGCAGGCCACAUUGCUCGCAGAGAAGAUGGCCGAUGGGGUCGAAAAGUGCUCAAGUGGAGACCACGGACUAGCAAGCGCAGCGUAGGACGUCCACCACAAGAUGGACGGACGACCUUGUUAAGGCCGCCGGAAGACGCUGGAUGCGGGUCUCUUCCAACCGGCACGUAUGGAGGUCCAAGGGGGAGGCCUAUGUUCAGCAGUGGACGUAUUACGGCUGAGAUGAUGAUUAUAAAAUCAGGGCCUUUUAUUGAGUGUGAAAAAUAUUAUUUUAGCCCAGUGAAUUCUCUGCAAAAUUUUGAGUGCCAUUGACUGGUAUUAUGGUGCCAAUCAAUGGGCUUUUUAAUUUAUCUUAAGCUGUAUAAAUUGUAUGUCCUUAAACUACGUCCAAGACCACCGGUGGACGGGCAGCAGCGUCCCUCAAAUUCGGUGUACUCGACUGCGAUCGCCAACCCGCCUGCCAAGCGUGGCGAUUAUGGCAUACACCCCCCAAAAGGGGGAGGCCUAUGUUCAGCAGUGGACGUCUUAUGGCUGAGAUGAUGAUGAUGAUGAUGAUGAUGUAUAAAUUGCCUAUACAAUAAAUUAGGUACCUGUGUUUUAGUCGACUUUAAAGAUAUGUUUACAUUUUUCGCCUUAUUACAAAGGAGUAAGGUGCAAAAGUGUAAACAUAUAUUUGACGUCGACAGUACAUGGUGGCUAAAUAAAGAUGCAACCCCGGAAUCGCAUUAAAUAAAACCGGGUAAGUUCGAGUCGGACUCGCGCACGAAGGGUUCCGUACCAUAAUGAAAAAAAAAACGGAAAAAAAAUGCAAAAAAUAACGGUCACCCAUCCAAGUACUGGCCACGCCCGACGUUGCUUAACUUUGGUCAAAAAUCACGUUUGUUGUAUGGGAGCCCCAUUUAAAUCUUUAUUUUAUUCUGUUUUUAGUAUUUGUUGUUAUAGCGGCAACAGAAAUACAUCAUCUGUGAAAAUUUCAACUGUCUAGCUAUCACGGUUCGUGAGAUACAGCCUGGUGACAGACGGACGGACGGACGGACAGCGAAGUCUUAGUAAUAGGGUCCCGUUUUACCUUUUGGGUACGGAACCCUAAAAUUUGGCCUUUUUAUACAUUUUGGCUGGUCCAUUUUCUAUGGGAGGGUAAAUUUUCUCUAUUUCGGGGUUGGUCCCGUAGUAAAAGAAGCUCAGUAUAAUCCCAAAACCUCCCUGGCAACGGGAGUGCGGUAAUUUUUUAGUCACCCUGUAUAAUAUUACAUAUUAAUAGGUACCUGUGUUUAUAAGUAAGUUUUAAUAUAAGUAUAAGUGCACUUCUAGACCAUAAAUAAGUGUACGUGGAAAAUUAUGGUUACCAUUAGUAAAAUAUACGUAAAGAUAAGAAUAAAAGUUUUUUUU